GAAAAGAUAGAGAAAGCUUAUGGACUUCCAUGAGAGAUCUGUUCCCCAGGAAUGACCCUUGGAUCCUAGGAGGAGAUUUCAACACUAUUGCCUCACUGACUGAACACAAAGGGGAGGUUUGCCCAGAUAUUGGAAGCAUAGAGGACUUUGUGCAAACUAUUAAUGACUGUAAACUCAUAUCUCCUCCUUUCUUGGGAAGUCAAUUCACAUGGUUUGGAAAAAGAGGAAGAGGUAGAGUUUACAGAAGGCUGGACAGGAUUCUCAUAAAUGAACACUGCAUGGACCAUUUCCAGCUCACAGAAAUAAAGCACCUGGGGAGAGGCUUUUCAGACCAUAGGCCUCUUCUUAUCAAAGCCUUCUCUAGUCAGCCUAUUGGGCCUAAGCCUUUCAGAUUCAUCAAUGCUUGGUGCUCCCACUCCUCCUUUAAUGAACUCCUUCAAGCAAACUGGCCGGACAGUUACACAGGAGGGGGAAUGAGAGGCCUGGCCCGAAAGCUUUCUAAUUUUAAGAAGGCCCUCAUCACUUGGAAUAAGGAGACCUUUGGUAAUAUUUUUGAGGCUGUUUCCAAAGCAGAAGAAAGGGCAUCUAAAGCAGAGGAGAAUCUUGAACAGAAUGAUAGUGAUGAAAACCUUACUGAAUUCAAACUUGCAAAAGCUCUCCUGCAACAAGCUUUGAAGAAGGAGGAAUCUUUUUGAGCCCAAAAGGCAAACAUUAAAUGGAUCGCGCAGGGUGAUGCAUCUACGGCCUUCUUCCACUCCUUUGUUAAAGGGAGAAGAAAUAGACUGAAAAUUA